AUCUUAGAAGUGAGACCGUUAAUAGCGUCAUCAUGUCGAGACAGGUUUCUACUAACAAAUUCUGGCUUCUGAGCGGAGUCUUUGCAGUUUUGACCGCAUGUACAGUAACAACUUAUUCGGUUCCGGCGAAGUGUUUGAAUCCGAACCAGAACAUCGGUCAAUGCAUUUCCAUCUAUGAUUGUGUGUCGUUGUCUCAUGUGGUUAGAAAUGAAUUGGAGGCUCAAUAUCGAUUCGUACGUUUGUCUCAAUGUGCCGGUGGGGAUGGGAAAACCCCAUUCGUCUGCUGCACCAACGACACGGACUUCAAUCAACCCAACGGAGUUGAGAAAAAACGCGUUGUCUUCCCGGAUAUGAUAACGACCGAGAGGACUGGCUCUGAACGACCGAAAGUCGCAGUCGCAUUCAUAGAGCCACCGCUUUGUGGUGCCCUGGCAAUAUCAAAUAAAAUAUAUGGCGGCGAAGAUGCUGACGUAAACGAGUUCACCUGGUUGGUCAAGUUGGAAUAUAAAGCUGAGGAUGGUUCCAUUUUGUCUGAAUGCGCGGGUUCAUUAAUCAAUGAGCGUUAUGUACUAACUGCAGCGCACUGUGUCACUGGCACUAUUGAAGAGCAGAUAGGCAAACUUGUCUAUCUGCGAGUUGGCGAUCACAGGUUUUCCACUUCAGAGCCUUGCAAUGAGGAGGACCGCGAGCCAUACGGGUAUUGUGUGGGCAUCGAAUCCGUGGUGGUGCAUGAAAAUUACGGAGCUAACCGGGAUAUACGUAUAAGAGAGCAAAAUGACAUAGCAUUGAUCAGAAUGAACAGAUCCGUGAAAUUCGACGAGCACAUCCAACCGGUCUGUCUGCCUACUGCGUCACUCCAGAAGGAAUUGAUUGAGGGCGAACUAUUGACUGCCGUUGGCUGGGGCCAUACGGGUUUCUCUCGCCACAGCAGCGUGAAGCAGAAGGUCAAUUUGCCACUUUAUUCACUGCAACAUUGUCGGCAUAUUUUCCAAAAGUAUUUCUAUGUCGCCGCGGAGCAGCUGUGCGCCGGUGGUGUCUUUAGACAAGACUCUUGUACUGGCGAUUCUGGGGGCCCACUUAUGCGUCUUUACUCAGCCUCGUGGAUCAUAGAGGGCAUUGUGUCCUUCGGACGCCGCGGGUGUGGACAUGAAAAUCGACCGGGUGUCUACACCCGCGUACGAAACUAUAUUGAUUGGAUUGCGGAGCACAUGGAGGCGUGGUAGUGAAAGAGACCACCCAUAAUGGAAGCAGUGUAUUGUGAGAAAUGAUUUGUGGAUAAAACUUUAUAUAUUAGAAUAUUUAUAUUCAAUUAUUAUAAAUAAUUAAUAAAUUAAUGUACGCAUAUGUAAA